AUGACAACCGAUGUCUCCUCUACCGAAAUGAAGAUGGGAAAUCUUCCUGCGCAAUUGCGCAUAUUCCAGCAAGAAAUGACUGCCCAGGUUGACGAAGAAACCCCACUCUUGGAGGGGAAUGGAAAACAACGACCAACGCCUCUCCCUGCGUUCCAAUUCUCCAUCGUCCUGUUCCUGCAGCUAGCAGAACCAUUGACGUCUCAUGUCAUCUAUCCUUUUGCACCUCAGUUUCCCAAUAUCUAUGUUCUUAUUUUGUGUGAAUCCAAUCCGAAGCUCAUCCGUGAUUUGGGUAUCACGAACGGGAGGGAGAGCCAAGUGGGAUAUUAUGUCGGACUUAUGGCAUAUGCGUACAUGCCCAUUGCUUGGUCAACAGGCGGAACUCUCGGACCUAUCAUUGGAGGCUCAUUGGCAAGACCAGCGGACAGGUUUCCGACACUGUUUGGAAAUAAUGAGUUCCUGAAAAAAUACCCCUACUUCCUGCCAUGUGCUGUUCCGGCUACCUUCUCUGCACUGGCAUGGGUGGUUACCUACCUCUAUCUCAAGGAAACUGUCUCGGCGCCUACCCCUAUUUCUGAAUUCCUGGGAAUCAAGAAAGGAAAAGCGCUGGACAUGGAAGAAGCCGAUUCUGCCCCAUCGGGUUCAAAGAACUCUUCAUCUGUCAAUGAUGCAGAGAAACCCCUACCGCUUCGCAAACUUCUAACAGGACGAGUGAUCGUCGCUGCAGGGAAUUAUGCUGCUUUGUCGCUCGUGGACAUCUCCUUUCGUGCCAUUCAGCCACUUUUUUUGUCCACGCCUAUCGAGCUCGGAGGCCUUGGCCUACCUCCUUCGACCAUCGGGAAUCUGCUUUCUAUCUUUGGUAUUCUAAACGGUGUGUUCCAGGUGUUCUUCUUCGCGAAGAUCAAUGAUACUUGGGGGUCGAAAAACGUGUUCAUAUGCGGGAUCGCAUCAGCUGUGCCUGUCUUUGCGUCCUUUCCUGUUAUCAACUAUCUGGCGAGAGCACAGGGAUAUAGCACGCUUGUAUGGGCCGUAGUCGGCUUCCAAAUAGUUAUCUCCAUUGCAUUGAGUCUUUCUUAUGGUGCCAUCUUUAUCUUCAUAUCGACUGCUUCGCCUAAUCGUGCGUCUCUCGGCGCCACAAAUGGACUCAGUCAGAUGACCGUAAGCAUCAUGCGCGCCAUCGGACCGGCUGCCGCCAACUCGCUCUUCUCGCUGUCGAUAGACAAAAACUACCUUGGAGGGAACAUGGUGUACUACAUCUUACUGAGCAUUGUAGCCAUUUCGCUCUACAUCGCCUCGCUCCUUCCGCAAAAGGUUUGGACGAACUGA